AUGAAUAGUAGAAAAACUCAAUAUGAUAAAAUUGCAGCCAGCUUGAAUAACUCAGCUGCAAUCGAUAAAAAUGGUGAAGUAUAUGUUUGGGGUUUAGCGAAGACGGGUAUAUUAGGCGAUAAUAUUACUACAAAUCAAUAUCAACCGACUUGCAUGAAUAUCAAAGGUCUUAAUUCAUAAUAUAAGGCUGUACAUAUAUCAAUGGGUCUAAAUCAUAUAGCAGUAAUUGUAAACUAUGCGAUCUUAGAUUUAAUUGAUUUCAAUAAUAUUCCACCCUCGUCAAUUUAAAGUAUUUUAGAUGCACACUCAAAAUAAAUGGCUUAAUUAGAUUUAGAUGUCCUUAAGUAUUUUUAGUCACAGCUAAAAUAGCAAAGAUUUAUUGAAAGAAAAUAAAUGGAAGACUUUUUUAGAUAAAAAAAAUUUCCUUUGGAGAAGGAUUAAAAUUAAUAAUUAUCUUCUGUAGGUUUUUCAGUAUCACAAGUCUAGGAAUUCUAUGAUUUCUUUUGUAUGAAAGAUCCUACCUUAUUUAACUUAGUAGAGUAUUUUUACCAAACAAACAAAACUAAGAUAAAAGGUUAAAAACUUAUAGUUUGGGGUAUAUCUGACUCUGGAAGAUUAGGAUUAAGAAAAGAGACAUUAGAAAUUAAAUAAAAAAACAAAGUCAGAAGAAGAGGUUAAAAGUAAUAGGAAAACACAAGUGAAAGUGAGUAAGAAGACGACGAUCAAUUUUAAAAAAAUGAAAAUGCAUAGUCUUUUGUUAGGAGCUAUGUUAAUAAAACUGAAAUAAACGAAGAAAUAAAAGAUGGUAUCAAGCAUGUAUCGUGUGGUCACCAUCAUACCUUAGUAAUUACUGAUUAAGGCACUAUAUUUUAUUUUGGUAUGGGAACUCAAGGGUAACUUGGUAAUGAAAAUUUUGUUAAUGUAUAUGAGCCAACAGAGCUUUUAGUAUGGCCUAAAAGAAAAUUUAUUUAGGUAGCCUGUGGUUCGUCUCAUUCUAUGGCAUUAACUGACAAUGGUUAAAUUUUUACUUGGGGCAAGAAUACAAGAGGUUAGCUUGGUCAAGGCCACCGUAACGAUUAAUUAAAACCAACUAUGAUUAUUAUUGAAGUUAUGGCUACAAGCAUUUGUUCUGGAGACUAACAUUCAGCUUUCAUUUCAGAUGAAAAAGAAUUAUACACUUGGGGAAAUGGUUAAUACUUUCGUCUUGGACAUGGUGUUACAACUGAUGAACUAUACCCGAAAAAGGUUGUAGUAUUAGAAGAUGUUUAUGUUACUCAUGUAAGUUGUGGCAUGACUCAUACUCUUGCAAUUACGAACGAAGGGUUUGUUUAUGCUUGGGGCGAUGGCAUGUCUGGUAAACUGGGCGUUUAAGAAAACAACAAAAGUCUUCAUUUACCCACAAGGGUAGGAAUGAACGAAGUAAAAUUCAGGAAAAAGGUUUAUUAUCAAGUUAGUGCAGGUGGGCUACAUUCUAUGGCUCUAACUGAUUAAGGUAUUUUAUAUUCUUGGGGAUCUAGCAAAGGAGGUGUGCUAGGUAUAGGAUUUCAAAGAGAUAACAAAGAUUGCUAUUCUCUUCCAUAAAAAAUAAGGACAGUCGCCAAAAUUUAAUCGAAAAAUCCUAAAUAAAUUUAAUUUUUCUCAAUAAAAAAAUUUUUAAAGGAGCAAAGAAUCUUAGAAUAAUAAAAAAUUAAAGAUAUUUAAUAAGAAAAUGAUGAUGAUAAUGAUGCUGCUAUGUAAAAAGGCGAUGAAAGUUUGUCAUUUAUGGGUUAAGGAGCUGUUGAUUAAGCCGAUUAUGAAAUAAAUUUUAUAGAAGAAGUUUAUCCAUUAAAAUUAAUUUUUGAUAAUCUUUCAAAAGCUCUUAUAUAAGACAACAAUGAAAAAGAUACCCAUAAAAAAAUCAUUUUUAUAGUUGCCUCUGCAAAUAAUUCAUUUUUUAUUUCUGAUAUUGGUCAAAUUCAUGCUUGUGGCAGUCCGAAAAAAGGGCUUUUAAUUAUGGAUCCUAAAAAUGAAAAACUGAUAAUAAGAAAGAAAAAACUAGUUUUGGCACAGAAAGAUUUUGAGGGUACAUAAGUAGGAGUAUAGUCUAUAGGGGGUGAUAAUAGCUCGGUUGGGUAUUCAAGAUCAAAUAUGCCAAGAGCUCCAAGCAUAAGUUAAAGAAAAUAGAGUAGUAUAAAAUCAAACACAUUAGGAUCUGUUUAGCAAAAAAAUUAGAAAAAAAAUAAAUAAUAGCCUGAAUAAAAUUAUAGUUUAAUUUUUGAUUUUCCUUUUUUAAUACCUUACUUCAAAAAUAAAAUUAUUUUCAUGUCUUGUUCAUACACUCAUGCUAUAGCUAUCUCUCAUAAAGGUGUGGCUUAUAGUUGGGGCAGCAACAAGUAUUACUAGCUCGGUUUAGGUUACAUGUGUAAAUAUAAUCAUAUUCCUUAAAAAAUAUAAGGAGCUUUAGAAACAAAAAGAAUUAUUAUGAGCACUUGCAGUGACAGAUUUUCUGCUUUACUGACUGACAAAGGAGAAAUUUGGACAUUUGGAACAAGUGACAGUGGUGUUUUAGGACAUGAUGAAAAAAAUUAUUAUGUAGUGAGUGAACCUAAAAUGAUUAACGAUAUUCCACCCAUGAUAUUUUUGGCUUCAGGUCCUUAAGGAAUGAUGGCAAUUACAGAAUAAAAAAGAUAAAUAUAUGCAUGGGGAAAUAAUCUGUAUGGUUAAUUGGGAAUUUAAAUUACAAAUAAUAAUAUGAAUAUGAACUAAUUUGGGCCAGACAUUGACAUUGAUGAUUCUUAAGAUGAGAUCAAGUAAAAAGAAAAGAAAAUAGAUUUAGAUGAAUAGAAUAAAAAAAUAACUAAAAAUUAAAUCAUCUAUAAGCCUUAGAAAGUCAAAAUUGAAAAUGAUAGAAAAAUAUAAAUAAGAUAAAUUGGUAUGGGUAUGUUUCAUAGUGUAGCUAUUGAUGACUUAGGACAUUUAUAUUCUUGUGGUUUAAGAAAAUUCUCUGGUUUAGCUGAAUCUCUAAGUAAAGAAGGACUUUCUGGAUUUGAUGACACCUUUAUUUAUUUAAAAAAAGACCAUAUGUUAAAUCAUUAAUUUUAGCAAGUUUCUGUAUCUGAAUACCAUACUUUAGCAUUGACAUAAGACUAAACAGGGGAAUUUAAUAAUGUUGUGUUUGGGUGGGGAUUAUGUAAUUUGGGCAAUUUGUGUUUGAAAGACCAAAAAGAAAUUCAACAAGCUAUGAAAGAUAUGAAAUAUUAAAUGAAAGAUUUUGACUUGAAUGAACCAUUAAAGGAAAUGUUUACACUUCCUAUUAACCUCACUUAGAUCAACAAGUUUAAAGACUGUGAUAAUAUUGUGUAUAUUUCAGCAGGUUUAAUGCAUAAUUUAGCUAUGAAUAAAAAUGGUAAAGUUUUCUCUUGGGGUUCCUUUUAAAAUGGGAGACUUGGUAUUUCAACAACAAAUUUGAAUUUACCUCCUGAUUAAUUUUUCACAACUGAGCCAUAAAUCGUUUCUGUUUUAUUUGAUGAAACGAAAGACGAAAAUGAAAUGGAUUUUCAUGCAAAUAGUAAUUAUGAGCCUUCAUAAAAAAAGAGUACCUAAAGUAAAAUGAAAUCAUAAGCAGCUAGUUAUACUAUGUCUAAGUAGAAAACAAUGGCAAAAAAUUCAGGAAUUGCAUAAAGCCAUGGUUAAUAGCAAUAAUAGCAAGGUGAAGAAGAAGAAGAUGAAAAUGAUGAUGAUUAUUAAGAAUUUAAUGAUGCAGAAAUUGAUAUCCUUGAGUAAUCAUCAUUCGGAUCUGAUUCAAGUAAAGAUGUUUUUUCUUCAGAUACAAACAUCAAAGCUGAUGAAGAUAGCCAAAAUAAUUCAAUGAAUAGUGAUAUGCAAAAUAGCAUAGAUUAAGAUUUGAGCUAAAUGCCAGAUUUUAAUGAAGAUGAUGAAGUAAAUUAAACUAUUGAUCAGAUCAACUUAUAUUCUAAGCUACCUUAGAAUCACAAAAGAUAAGAUGAAAUACAAAAAAAAAUUUGGAAAGAAGAAGACUCUUGCCUUGAAGAAAAUUUGAUCAAAUAAGACAAAGACCUAGAAGAUUUGGCUAAAUAAAUUAUUUUUAAAUCCUUGAAAUUAAUUUAUGAAAAUGAAAAAAACAUUUUAUAAGCUGAAAGUAAAAUAGAGAGUAUAAUUUAAACUUAAAUUAAAAAUUAAGCAAAUUAGAAGCAGUUAGAGUUACUCGAUAAACUUUAUUUCAACAUCCCUGCUUUUGUGAUCAAAAAUAUCUAGUUAUAUGAAACUAUUUUCAGCUUACUUUAUUAUCAUCCUUGCUAUAUAUUGAAUUUGUUGAAAACAAACUCUUUGACUAUAUUCCACUUAAAAUCUUUAAUUAAUGUGCUAUUCAAGAAUCCAAUAGAUGUUGGGCCUUCUAAUUUUACACUCAUCACAUUAACGAUAGAGACAUUUAAGCAUGAGUACAAGCUUGGUUCCAUUCAUAUUAAUGAUAUUAAAAACAUCCAACAAAGCAGUCUUUUUUGGCAUCUCUAUACCUUGCUUUUUGAGAGAUAAAAAACCACUGUUGAAUACUUCAAAAAGUUAGUUUAAAACACUAUUGGUCAAGAUAUAUGUGUAUAAAUUUAUAUGGCAGCACGCUUAUAACUUAAUAAAGAGAAUCCAAAACAGCUAACAAACUUACUAGACUACCUAUAAGGCACUCAAAAAGAAAUUUAACUAAAAUCUCAACUUCUUUUAAGAACAAUUCAACCUCUAAUGUCUUAAAUUGCAAACGAUUUUUAGGAUUUCAGUAACGCUAAUUAAUAAAUUUUCACAGAAGAGCUUAUUUUCGUCCACAAUAAAAUAGUAAACUUUGCUAAAAAAUAUUCUCUUAAAAAACAUGCAUAGAUCAUUAGAAAAGAAAAAUUUUAAGAAAAGGAGAAUGAUAUUUAAAAAAAAGAUGAAAACCAAUUUUUUAUAGACAGAUAAAUUUAAAAGAAAUUGUAAUACUUGGAAUUAUCUCUAGAUAAUAAACUCAACAAUUUUAUAUUUUUAAUUUCCUACGGAUUUAUGAUCUACAUGAUUGAAAACCUAGAAUAAUUUGGCAUCGAAAUAGAAGCUAAUUACUUACCUAUUUUAAAAUCUCCAAACAACAUAAAAGUGAUAGCUGAGCUAUUGGAGAGAUUCAUUACAAAAUCUUCCAUUAAGAUCAAUAACAAGAGCUUUGAUGAUAUAAAUUAGUAUUUGCUUGAAAGAAAAGAGAUAAAAAAACAAACAAAAAAGAAAACUAAUGAAAACUUUGAUACUAAAAGAAUAAAUUUGGCCAAACAAACAACAAAUUAAAAAUUAAAAGGAGGUUCAGAUACUGAAUAAUCAUCUAACGAUGAAGACAGCAUCAACAGUCCUGAAGAUAAUGGAAAUUUUUUUUAAGAAACUUAAGAUGAGUCAUAAGACGAUGAUCUAAAUCUAGAUGCUAUUAUUGACAAGCUCUAAAAAUCACUAUAUCAUGAAUCAGAUUAUGAACUAUCAGUUAGUUAAAUACAAUCACAAGUUGAAUAAAGCUCAAGUUUGAAAACUCAUUUUUUGCAAGUUUCGUUGGGCACACUUUUCUAAAUGCAUAACAUUUAUUCAUAAAAUCAUAGCAACAGUGAUCUUUUCGUUAUAACAAAAGACAAGGUAGAAAAAGCUUAAAUCAAUGAAGAAUUCAAAAAGUUUGACCCUAUUUAUAUAAUUUUUUCUUAUUUAUAAUUCGAAUCGAUUAAUGUAGAGGAUUUUCAGACAGAAAUUUUAGAAAGAAAAGUGAAUUUAAAACUUUCUAGUGAUUUAAAUUACUUUUCAUAUUAGAUACUUAAAAUAACAGAUUUCUAUAAGUGUUAAGAUUGUAAAGCUAUUUUACCUAUUCAUUAUCUACCUUCAAAUCAAUAACUUAUCAUUAAGAAAAUAAAAACUGACAUGAGAGAAUAAUGGAAAUGUUCUAAGGGACAUUUGAAUAGUUUAAAGAACUAUAUGUGUACAGAAUUCACUUGUGAUGAGUUUAUUGAAGAAGAUGCAAUUAAAAACUUCAGAGUCAUAAAAUAUUAUAAUGUAUCAAAAGAGUAUAAUGCUAGCUUCUAUAAAAAUAAAGAAUAAAACAAACUAAAUCAGCCUGAUGGAAUGGACUAUGAAGAUGACGAACUUACAAAGAAAGAAAUAUUGACGUUAAUAUAUAAGAUCCUUAAGAACUGUGAUCCACUUAAAGAAGGAGAGAAUGAAUAUUAAUUUUUUGAAAAAUUUUCUAAGAAGCCUAGAUUGAGAGAAAAUCCAGAUCUUAAAAACUCUGUAAUUUAAUUAUUGGAAGAGUUAAAGAAAGGAUUGUAAAUCUAUGAUGAUGAGGAAAUUGAUUAUUAAAAUUAAAGUGAUCACAAUUUUGAUAAAAUGAGAAAUAAUUAAGAUUAAGAUGAAUUAGAAUCAUAAGGCACAGACGACGAUAGAGAAAAAGAAAAUAAAAAAUAAAUUAUGUGGAACGAAAAGUUUAAAUAUUAUAAAGAUAUGCUAGGAAAGGUAAUUGAUAACAGGAGAGUUCAUAGUUAAAAAUAAAGAUUAGUAAAAAAAGCUUUAACUCACGCAGAUGCUUUGCUUCUGGAGAAUAUAGCUAAACUUUAGGAUAUUGUGAUUAAGAAGUAAAAAACACUUGCUAUUUUAAUAAACUCUUUGAUUCCAGAAUCUGUCAAGUAGAAUUUGAAGUAUCAAUAAAAACUUUAGGAGCUUGAAGAGGGACCUAAAGGCAAGGAUUAAAAGUAAGAGAAAGGAAAUAAAUAGAGCGAUACUGAUUUUAAAAAACCUGAUUCGUUUGCAUAUUACACUACAUAAAAGUUAUUUAAAAAGAAAGCCUUGAUUUCUAUAUGCUUUAGUUAAUAAAAUCAAUAAAUUAUUGAAAUAGAAAAAUCAAUCAAAUUUUAUAUAUUCUGCAAUAAUGAAGGAAGCUUUGAGAUAUUAAUUGUUUAUGCUAAAGAAGAGUUUUUAGAUAAUUUUACUUCUUAUAACAGGCACUUGUAUCCAAAUAGAAUGCUGCUGCAUAAAAUAUAUAUAUCAGUUGCUUAAUAUAGAGAAAUGAAAAGAUUAGAAUACACUAAAACUAACAUAACUUUCUCGACUGAUACAAUUAAGGUAACUUUUGAUAUGAAUAAAUUAGUUCGCAUACUAUCAAAAAAAGAAGGAAAAAUAUUUUAAUUGGUAUGA